AUGGCGCAUGUAUUCGAACUCGCCGAGUCCCUCACCCAGGCUCCGAACUACUCGAACGGCCAAAAGUCCAGUUCGCAACUCAAAUUCCCCACAACCGAAGUAUUCCACGGUUUUAACAGACCCUCGCGCAUCGAAGGUGAUAUUGAGAACCUCGAGGUGACAGGUGAAGUUCCGAGGGAUAUCGAAGGAACCUUCUUCCGCAUCCAGCCAGACCACCGCUUCCCACCCAUCUUCCAGUCCGACAUCCAUUUUAAUGGCGAUGGGAACGUAACUGCGAUCCGCAUCGCGAACGGAGCUGCCCAUUUCAAGCAGCGGUACGUUCGCACGGAUCGGUACGAGGCUGAGAGUGCAGCGGGUAAAUCGCUCUUUGGGAGGUAUCGCAAUCCGUACACAGAUAAUGAAGCCGUCAAGGGGGUGAUUCGCACAGCCGCGAAUACGAACAUCUUCUUCUGGAGAGGCAUGUUGCUCGCAACCAAGGAGGAUGGACCUCCGUAUGCGAUGGACCCCGAAACUCUGGAUACAGUGGGCCGCUAUGACUUUGAGGGCCAGGUGCUGAGUCCAACCUUUACGGCGCAUCCCAAAUUUGAUCCCAAAACCGGGGAGAUGGUGUGCUACGGUUAUGAAGCUGGUGGUGACGGCAAUGAUGGCUCCCGCGAUAUUGUGGUGUAUACCAUUAACCAAGAUGGAGUCAAGACCGAGGAGUGUUGGUACGAGGCACCCUUUUGCGGCAUCAUCCACGAUUGUGGCAUUAGUGAUAACUGGGUUGUCCUUCCUAUGACACCGCUCAAGUGCAAUCCUAGGCGUCUAAAGGAUGGAGAGAACCAUUGGGCAUGGGAUCCGAAGGAAGACCAGUGGUAUGGACUUGUGCCUCGUCGAGGAGGAAUGCCAGAAGACAUCCGAUGGUACCGUUCAAAGAAUGCCUUCCAGGGCCACACAGUCAGUUGCUACGAAACCCCCGGCGGCAAAGUCGUCUUUGAUCUCACCAUCGCCGACGGUAACGUCUUCUUCUUCUUCCCUCCCGUGAAUACCCCAAUAGGCACCGUCGCCAAGCGCAACAAGCUGCAGAACAAGACCACGCGCUGGAUUUUCGACCCCAAUACACCAACGAACUCGUGGGUAGAUCCCGCCGAGGAACUCGACACGUAUUCAGGCGAGUUCUCGCGUAUCGACGACCGCUUCACUACCAUGAAGUACAAUCACUACUGGCAAGCCAUCAUCGAUACAAGCCAGCCGUACGACUUUGCCAAGUGCGGAAGCCCAGCAGGCGGCCUCUUCAACAGUCUGGGCCACUUCACUUGGGACGGAUCCGUCCGUGAGACGUUCUGGGCGGGGCCAUGUGCCACCUUCCAGGAGCCCGCAUUCAUUCCACGGGCGGGAAGCACCGAGGAGGGAGAUGGUUACCUGAUCGCGCUGAUGAAUCAUCUGGAUGUGCUGCGAAAUGACGUGUGUAUAUUCAAUGCUAAGAAGAUCGCUCAGGGCCCCGUUGCGGUGAUUCAUUUGCCGUUCAAGCUGAGGCUCGGCCUUCACGGAAAUUUCGUGGAAGAGAGCGAGAUCAAGGCAUGGAAGAAGAAGCGGGAGCGAGAGUUGGGCCCUGUCAAGGCUUCGAGCCAGCCACUGCCGUGGCAGCAAAGGCGGAAUGGCAAUGUUAGCGGUAAUUGA